GCUAAGGAAAUGCUGUGUCAAAACUUAUCGGUGCGAAAAAAGAAUCCACUUUACAGAGGAAACCGUGGACGAGGUGGCCCAGCGUCAGCCUCUGCCUCCUGAAUGCUCGGUUCCUGUGGCUGGAGGUUCCACCUGCGCUUGCGCACAGUCUCAAGCCGGCCAUUUCUGCGACCAUCUUCCACAACCGACCGAGAGCGCGCAGAAACAGCACGCACGCUUGCGGGGACGCGCACGCACGCGCGCCACGCCCCACCCCGUACGGCCCCACAAAUCCCAGGCGGCGAGGCCCGGGUUGUCUAGGCUCCGGGAGGUAAUGCCCCGGAAGGCAGGGAACUUGGAAGAGGCCGAGGCCGGUGUGGAGGAGGUGGACGCGGAGGAGGUGGGCCCUGAAGAGUACGGCGGGGAGGAGUCGGGCGCCGAGGAGUCUGGCCCGGAAGAGUCUGACCCCGAAGAGCCGGGAGCCGAGGAGGAGAUGGAGGCUGGGCAGCCGCGACCGGUGCUACGCUCAGUGAACUCUUGCGAGCCGUCUCAGGUCAUCUUCUGCAACCGCAGUCCGCGCGUCGUGCUGCCAGUGUGGCUCAACUUCGACGGCGAGCCGCAGCCGUACCCGACGCUGCCGCCCGGCACGGGCCGCCGCAUCCAUAGCUACCGAGUGUAUACUCUGAAAGAGCGGUGCCUCCAGGUUGUCCGAAGCCUAGUCAAGCCUGAGAAUUACAGGAGACUGGACAUCGUGAGAUCACUCUAUGAAGAUCUGGAAGACCAUCCGAAUGUAAGGAAAGACCUGGAGCGGCUGACACAGGAGCAUAUUGAAAACCAGCGGAUGGAAGGGGAGACUGAAAUGAAAUGAAAUGAAACUGAAAUGAAAUUUGCACUCCUGAGUCUCGGCCUUAGAUGGUACUGACUAGUCUUGAUCUACAUUUAGGACUGGUCACUUAUUCUCAGAUUCAAGGUGUCUCAUUCCCGGAGGGAAAAUUCCUCCAUUGCUUAAAGGAAAGUUAACUGACUUCACUAGGCAUUGUGAUGUUUAGGGGCAAAUGUCACGAAAUGUAAUUUAAUGCCUGCCCUUUCUAUAAGUAUUCAGGUAUUCAUCAAGUAGUUGCAUUUUGCCUCCUAGUAAGUCAGGAAAGUUUGUAUGUAAGGACUUUUGUGUAAGUGCUUCAAUGAGAAUUGCAGCAUACUCUAAAAUUGUAAGAAAACAGUGGCAUCUGCUUUUAAUUGCUGUGUUGUGGUUGGUGACAUGUCAGCCUCCCACUUGGAGAAGACAGACAUGUCUUUGAGGCAGGGACAAGUCUGUCUUCUCUUUGAGACCCCAGUGCCUCACACAUUAUGAGCCUUCAGUCAGUGUUUGUUGAAUGAACAAACCAGUGGAUACUUUGGUAGAAAGUGUUUGGAGGUUUUGCCCUUUUUUUGGGGGGUGGGGAGGUGGGACCUUACGGUGUAUACCAUAAACAAAUGUUUUAAAGGGAAUUACUUUUAUAGAAAGCACUUUUUAUAACUUUCUAAAUUUUGUGCUUUUCUGUGUCCGCUGUUGUUGCAGUGCUCUUUUAUUUGUUUCUAAACCAGGAUUAGCUUUGUGGUGAUCACUUUUUUUAAACUUGACAGCUGAACUGAAGAUAGGAGAAAAUAGCUCUCCUCUUAAUUCUAGUAUUAAGGAGCUACUGCUGUACUGCAAAUAGGUUUUUGCCAAGUGUGGAUAUUUCUGUUACUUUUUGUAAAUCCAUUACAUUUCUGUUUGGCUUAGCAUUUUUUUUUUUUUUUUUAAUGCUGCCAGCAUUUUAACCAGGGGCCAGUGGUUUUGGGCGCUGGGGACCACUGAGGAGAGCCACUCUUGGGUUCAUGUGGACUCACGAGGCUGCCUGGUUUAGCAUUUUUCAUCAGGCAGGAACUGGUGAGACUUUGCACCUGGCUGGAAGAGAGGUGGAGGAAGGAAGCCCUCCAUCUCUGGGAUUACUCACAACACAGAAUGGAUUCCUGGAGUAGCUAAGAAUGUUUUAUAGUUUUAUAAAUGUACAGAUCCUUUCUUAUAGGCUGGACUUAAAUUGAUUAAUUCAAAUGCAAUACUUCUAUCAGUCUUAUUUUUUUUUUUUGGUAACUAAUAGUUUAAAAAAAAAAAAAUCCCCCCAGUAGAGAACAUUUUGGUAAAGACAGUAAAGUAAAAGGAAAAAAAAAAAAAAGAUCACUGUAGAUAUAUUACUUGAAUACAGCCACUAAACAUUUUGAACUUUUAGCCUCUUUAGGGCAUCUUGUGGUUGGUUUGGUUUUACAUAGUUAAAAUCAUACUGAAUAUACAGUUUUGUAUUCUACCUUCUCAGUUAUAACUUUGUAACUUAAAUAUUUUCCCAUGGUAUUAUAAACUCUUUUCAGACAUUAGUGCGGUCUUCCUUUUGUAAACAGUGGGAUAUUUCUUGGUAUCUCUAGUUCCUGUACUAACCUUUGAGCACAAUUCCUGUGCUCUGAAAUCAGCAUGAACAAGACAAUGCUCCACAGUUUCCCCUAGACUUUGUUUCACCUAAUCUUAAGCCCCUCUUUCAACAUUCAACAAAUUGAUUAGCUUUUGUUUCUUAAACGCACUGUAGCACUCAUUCAGUGACACACCUCUCAGUGUCUGCUGUGUUACGAGCUGUUGGGUGGGAAGAAAGAAAUCCUGGGGAGCUGGUAGCAGUACAUAUUUGAGGGUGGGAUGGGAUGGGGGAUGUAAGAACGUAAGGAUUAGUUCAGUGUUGGUUGUUUUUUUUUUAAACCUGUCUUUGUCCAAAUGAAAUUCGUGUUUCUCUUGUGAAACCAUGUAGAUUGAGUACUGUGUUGUUUUGUGUGUUGUCCAGGAGGAUUAAAAACCUGUAGCAUGAAUAAUAUGUUUUUCAUUUGAAAUCUUAUGACUGUAUCAAAUGUAUUGCUCUUAAGAGACUGUGAUGUUUUCCUAUUUUGAGUUUAAAAAAACGUGUUCUUUAAUACAUUAAAUGGUGCUGAGUAAAGAAAAUA